ACUAAAAAUACAUCGAGUAACUGAACAAUCAUUUCCAUGAACGUGACUUCGACGUCAAUAGAAAAAAAUUGCAAGAAGAAAAAUUCACGUGCGUUUAAGUCAAAUCCUCCGGAUAAAAUUUCAGUCCAAAGUUUUACUGGGUAUUUAUCGAGGAAUUUCAUACUUGUAUAAAUUACGACGAUAUUUGUGAAGUAUACAAAAGCUGCUGGCUGCGUUAACAAAAUUGGUCAAAUACAACUUUGCACAACCGAUGAAAGCCAGGCGAUUGAGAAGUGAAGAGAUUUUGUUUGUUGCACGUGUGUUUUUGGAAUAUUGUGUUUUAGUUCAUGCUGGCAGUUGAAGGUUUUUAAUUUAAAUUUGAUAGAUUAAUCAAAGAAUAUGGCACCGGUUAUAAAACAGAAAUCUAAAAAAUCACCAAAAAAUAAGGAAGAUGAUUCAAAUGAGAAGAAAACAGUUGUCUCCGCACAGCUUCAGAAAAAAAUCAAUAAAAAAACCGAAAAGAAGCCAGACCGUGGAGUUGUCUUCAUCAAACAUCUUCCUCAUGGUUUCUUUGAGCAGCAGUUGAAAAAUUAUUUUGAGCAGUUUGGGGCGGUAACACGUCUACGAUUGGCGCGUUCCAGACGCACCGGCAAUAGCAAGGGUUAUGCUUUUGUUGAAUUUGAAUACCCUGAGGUGGCCCAGGUUGCUGCCGAGACCAUGGAUAAUUAUUUGAUGUUUAAAAAACUCGUUAAGGCUGCAUACAUACCACCAGAGAAGCAACAGUUCAAUUAUUUCAAGUCAACAGUACGAACAGUUAAAAACAAGUCGGGCAAAAAUGUCUGGGUCUCGAGCAAAACAGCAUCCUUGCAGCGCAAAUUAAAACAACACAAUGACUGGUCGGAGGAAAACUUUACAAAGCGUACAAGCAAGCAGUUGAAAAAAUUAAAAAAAUUGGGUGAAAAGUGUGCACAUCUUGGCAUUGACAUCGAUAAGAUUAUCAUAGAGCCAAAACUACAAACAGAAGAUGACAAAACGGCUGCUGGCAGCUCCAAAAGUGCAAAAAGAAAGGGCGAAGAAAAGGCGCAAAAUGAUACUGCCAAGAAAAACAAGAAGGAACCUAAAUUAGAAGAUUUGCUGGGCAACACCAUUCAAGAAGAUUCGGAAGACGAGGACUACAUAGCAGUGCCCCAGGGCGAUGAAGAGGCAUCAUCAGACGAAGAGUCAUAUGGUUUCCUUAAGGAAGCUGAUGAUGAUGAGGAAGAUGAUGAUGAUGAUGAUUCUGAUGAUGACAGUGAUCAAGAUGAAAAUGAAUCAGAUAUUGAGGAAGAGAGCCCUGUCAAAAAGUCAAAGAAUACUAAAACUAAAUUUAGCAAAUCAUUGAAAGCUUCCAACAUAGAACGCUUUGAUCAGAUGUUAAAACGUAAACCUCAGACCGGUGGCAUACAAAAGUUGAGCAAGAAGCAACCAAAACCGCCAAUUGCCACAAAAGCUAAAAAUAAAAUGCAAUUAUCGGCAGCCAAAGAAGUUGCUAAACCUUUAGCUAAAGUAAAAGGUAAAAUGGCUACAAAUCCCACAAAGAAGUCUAAAAAAGUCAAAUAGAUGUUAAAUGUAAUUAAGGCUGUUUAUUUUCCACUUUAAUUUCUCUGUAAAGCUAGUUUUUAAAAAUAUAUGCAUAUGCAAUUUGAUACGUUAGCACUGAAAAAGUAUAAAUUUAUACUUAGGAAUUAAAUUGAUAAAAUUCAAAAGA